ACCAACGAACGUGUAAACACCGACGAAAAAUAAGUCUAAGCGUGAAUAAUUUUGGCAACAUAAAUUUCUUGAUAUUUAUAAUUUUAAUAAUUUUUAUUUCUUAUAAUUUACAUUAAAGCAUUCUUCAUUAAAAUGUGCGAUGAGAGACAUAAGAUAUUAUAUCAAAAUCCCAUUGAUCCGUUCUAUCAAUAUGCAAUUACCAAAAUGAUCUACUCAAAACCAGAUGAUCGUUCCUUCUUCGACGAGAUCUUCGAACUUUGUUUUCGCGGCCAUUCUUGUCUCAGACAUAAAAUUGACCUUGCCAUGGCUACCGGUUCAAAGAACGUGAUUAAGUGCUCUUACAACAAAGUUACUAAGCGGUGUGAAAUUUCAUUUAACAAUCAAUUAAAACGUUCAUUUACGUCGAAAAGUUAUUUUUGGGUUUAUGUACAUCAACUUAUUCAUGCAUAUUUGUACUUGAGCAGCUCAUGUUCCCACGACAUUGAUGAAGCAAGUGACCAUGGAAAUAAAUUUGAUUUUCACAUAAAUAGAAUUCGUUAUAUUUUUGAUAGGAUCCGUGUAUUUGGAAUUCAGAAAUAUAAUUUUGUGUAUAUGAGUUAUGCACGUGUAAUGAGUCACUAUGAUUAUUGUGAAUUAAGCCUGCGACAAAGAACACUUGGCUAUAGGCAGACGUUGCAGAGUAACAUCAACAGUACAGCGACUUCACAAAAAAAAUCAUUAGUUCCUACCAAUAAAAAUAAACCUGUCAGCUCAUCUAAUACUGCGGCCAAAGUUUCAAAUAAGACAGCACCGACGAAUGUGCAAUCGACAAACAGAAAAAUUGUUACCAGUAACCCUAAGACUCCAUCGACUUCACAAAAAAAAUCAUCAGUGCCUACCAAUAAAAAAAAUACUGUCAAUGUUCCAAAUAAGACAGCGCCGAGAAAUGUGCAGUCGAUGAAUAAAAGCAUUACGACAAAAAAACCGUUGCAAGUCAACACCAAUACUGUAUCGACUGUAGUAAAAAAAUCAUCAGUGCCUACCAUUGAAAAUAAUACUGUCGGCUUAUCCAGAAUUUCAGACAUUUUUCCGAUUACGACGACACUGACAAAUAAUCAAGGAGAUAAAAUUGUGAGCAUAGCAGCCACUAAGCAAAGCACUGUUAUAGUCAUACAUAAUGAUUAAAUUCACGCCUUAUAUUUGACAAAAAAAUCAUUAAAAAUGUAUUUCGCAUGGAAUUUAGCGUUUAGAAAGAUUUAUCGUUUAGUACAUUAAUUUGUAGUGUUCUUAAACAUUUACAUUGUACUCGAUAAUAAUUACGUAUUCAGCUCUCUUUUGAAAAUUCUUUGUUAUUUUUUACAUUAUUAUUUGUUUCAAGUUUUUUUCGUUACAAUAAAGAAUUUUAAUUGCAAUUAAAAAUUUCAUAUUCAAUUGAUCUUCUAUCUUUAAUCUUAACUCGUACUUAUGUUCAUUUCAAGUUAUUCAGCUUGCGUCUUCAUUUCUAUUAGUGAGUUAAAUUUUUAAUUAGCAACCAAUAAAAUACCAAUAAUCAAUAAUAUUUCAAAUGUUAUUAAACUGAAGUGCUGGAAUAUACUCUUUCAAUCUAAGAAAUAGAAAGUGUAUCCUUUUAUUGAAAGUCCUUUGAUGACAUUGAGACCAAUAAAGCAUAUUCUUAAACUCUA